AUGCUGGCCGAGACCAUGGACGCGUUCAUGGCCGCUUUGGUCUCAGUGUGUCCUCCGGCCCAGCACCACUGCGAAUGCCAGCGCAGCUAUGCCAUCAAGGAUCUCCGCCUCUGCUUCUACCCGUCGGCCCCUCACCUGAACUCCGUUGGCCGUGCCGUUGAGGACGUCCUCAGCUGCGGCAGGACCGAAUCCCUCGAACUUCUGAUAUCCCUGCUGCCCGGGGAAUACACGCCCUCGCAGCUCACCGAGUUCGGGCAGGAAUUGAUGUCAUUCUCCCGUGCCUACCAGGUCGCGUUCCGGUGGCUCACAAGGCUAUCCCUCAAGGGUCUUGCCUUCGGGGACUCUGACGUCAACGACCUCAUUAGAGCUUGCGAUAAGCUCAAGUGCCUCACUCGGAGAUCCUGCAGACUAGUUCAUCGCCACUCCGUGCUCAAGAUUGACACACCGUUUUCUGGGCUCCAGGAGCUCGAGUUCAUCCACUUUGUAUGCAGGAGGAUCGAGCUCAUCUCUGUCCCCAAGCUCAGUAAAGUGGACAGCCACUGGUCCUUGAAGAACCCUUCGGUUCGCUUCGGCUAUGUUCCCGAGCUUUGCAACGUCAGCCUCACUCGUCAGCCCAAGGUGUGGAAGGCGCCAUUCCUGCUAAGCGAGUGCUUGUCAAGGAGUGCAACGAACCUGUCGAAAUUGCAUCUCAAUUUUUGCCACCAAAUGAUUUGGAUUCAGCCAGAACAACCGAAACAGCUCGCUGUUAUAUUCAGCAACCUAACGGAUGUGGGGCUUUUCUGUAUCUUUCCUGAGUGUGAUCUGAGCUGGACCCUGUUUAUCCUUGAAGCUGCACCUGUCCUGCAGAAGUUUCAUUUAUCUCGAGCUCGACCAGGCGCCAAAUUGUCCGAGGACAGUGCGGAGAAGACCAACGUGGUGUGGGAACCAUCCAAGGAUUUCAAGCACUUCAACUUGAAGUGGCUGGAGAUUCAAGGGUUCGGGGAGGAAGGCAAGGUGACAAAUUAUAUAAGGCUAGUCAUGGAACGAGCUGUGGGGUUGAAGAAAAUCGUGCUGCUUGGAGAACCCCCAUGCGAGGACUGCACCGACUGUGAAACAAAGUCCCGGGUGGAUGAAGCAAGCAGACGUCGGGUUAAGGAGGAACUCACCCAUGAAUCCUCCUGGUCUGUGGAGAUAAUAAUGCGCUGA